AUGGAGGCGGGUCCUCUUUCAUCAACUAAUAAUGAUGCAUCAAAUAAUAAUAGUAUUCAAAUAGAUAAUGAACCUUAUAUCAAAGGUGGCAGCCUCAUAUAUGCAAUAUUAAGCACAGUUUCUCUCUUUUUUAUGAUAAUACUUUCAAUUAUAUACGGACGACUCGAUCACAAUCGUAUAUUUGUCUAUUUUUGUAUAUCCAUGGUUUCUCUCUAUAUACCCCACGUACUUGGAGCCUGGAUAUAUGGUGCAAACUUAAAUCAAGCACCUCAAGUAAUUUGUUGGAUUCAAGCGUUAUGGAUCAAUGCAUCAGGGAUAGCUGCAGGAAUUACAAUAUUAAUAUAUUCUUUUGAGAUUUAUAGAAGCUUGGUUUUACGCGUAACUGAAGGUGAAUGGUUACGACGAAAAUUUUAUUUGGUCAUGUUAAUAAUCAUUCCGAUAUUAGUCGGUAUUAUUCCUCCAGCUAUAUUAGCCGAGAAACCGAAUGGAAUUUUGCCAGGCCCGUAUUUUUGUGUUCUCUAUAAGCCAGAGAUACCAAUGAUUUUCAUUAGUAUUCAAGGUUGGAACACUCUAACAAGUCUUUUUGGAAUUUAUUUUUCGAUACGAACUGCUACCAUGGUUGUAAAAUUUAUUUAUAUUCGAAAAGGAGUUGUUAAACCAAAACCCUCCCCAAUACGAAAAUCUCGCAAUAUUGGAGUUGAACCUAGUACACCAACUGCAUCAAUUUCUAAUUUCCAUAAUACGCGACAAAUUGAUGAGUGCCCUCCCCUUUCUUCUAGAACUAUUGCUUCUAUACCAAUGUUUGUAUGCAUACGGUUAGUGACAUUUGGAGUUUUAUAUUGUGCUGUAACUAUUUUAGUUUAUGGAAGAAAUUUAGUUUUAAGCAUCAAAGGAACUCCUUACGAUUCUAAAAAACCUUUUAUGGAAUAUAUCAUUGCAUCGUUGGGUAUAGUAUUAUUCAUAGUUUUUGGAACUUCAAUGGAAGCGAUUAGAGCGUAUUGGAAGUUUAUUAAAAUUAUAUUAAGUUGUCAAUGUUUAAAAAUGAGGCGUGAUGAAAGUUUUAGUGAUUGGGAAAUUCAGAAAGAAAAGAGAGAAGAAAUGGAAAAGGCCAAAAAUCUAAACACUGUUCGCAAUCAGAAGAUAAUCAAGAAAUGA